AUGUAUCGCCGCGUCAAUGCUUGCGCCACCGCAGCAGUAGCGGCCACUGCCAGUGCCGCUGCCGCCGCACAAAUGCGGACAAUCUCAGAGUAUAAGUUUGGACAGGCGCCUCUGACAAGGCCCUGGAGCCGUUUUUCGCGUCUAUUUCCUCCAGCCCUGCCGAAACGUUUGUCUGAUCAAGAGAUGAAGGUGAGGGUUUCUCAGCUGCACAACGGUACUCGCGUCAUCACGCAACAGCGCGAUGGUGCGAUGGUGUCUAUUGGCGCUUACAUUCUCGCGGGACCCGCGUACGACCCAGUGGGGUGCCCAGGUGUGCACAGCCUCCUCCACCUCGCUCUGACGACGAGCAACUACAACAACUCCCUUUUUCAGCUGGAUCGCGGGAUUCGGAGCACGGGGGCCGCCUUCUCUCACUUUGAGAAGGACAAGCACUUUAUUUGCCUCCGCCUGGACGCACGCGCGGAUAUGUGGCGGAGCCACAAGACCAGCAAAAAAGGUGACAAUAACCAUUUCACACUAAAUCUCGUGCAGGACACAAUCUUCACUGCCAUUGCCGCCCCGCGGUUCCAUGAGACGGACAUUGAACGCUUCCGUGACACGGUGGAUAACAAUCUAAAGGAGAUGAGGUGGCAACAGCCCGAGGAGUAUGCCAUUCAGAGACUGGAGACUGUUGCAUUUUAUAAUCAACCACUCGGCAAUCCACGGCACGUACCAGAAGAUAACAAUGGUAACAUCACAAAUAAGGUUCUCUUGGACCAGUACGCCAAGUACGUGACUCCUGAUCGCAUUGUCAUUGCUGGUGUGAAUGUUAACCAUGAUGAGCUCAUCGCCGAGUAUGAAAAUACACCCUACCCACACACCAUCAACGCUCCACACCAUGCCGCGUUUGCGAAGAAGAACGGUGCUACUGUUUUUGAUGUCAACAGUGAGAAAAAUCAGUAUACUGGUGGUGAGGCACAUGAGCAUGAAAAUCGCGCUAAAGAGAUGGGGACAAAGCCAGAUAUGGAUACCGAAACAAUUGUUGCUGUUGGCUACCUCUCAUUUGGUCGCGGAAUGACCUCAAUUAAGCGCCAUGCCGCGUCCCUCGUGUACCAGCAGCUGUGCAAUAUUAUUGCCCAAGAUAGUCUUCAUGGUGCAUUUGGUGGGUCCAGCAAUGGAGUACGCUCCUUCUACCUUCCAUACCAGAGCGCGGGCCUCAUUGGUUUUACAGCAAGGUCUGGGGCUGAGAAUAUUGUAAAUAUGGUGACGGCGGCAAUGCGGAAUAUGCAAGCGGUGAAGUUGGACGAUGCAGCAGCUGUGGAGACAGCAAAGCAUCGCGCUGCUGUGGAGGCCAUGGAUAGAAAUUGGAACACCGUUCGUGAUCUAUGCGACUACAUGGGUACCAGUUUGCCGCUUACUUCGACGGCGCAGGGCUCAACGCAGUACAUGAAGCCAGAGGAGUUGCUUGAUGCUAUUCGAGGUGUUACACCUGUAGAGUUGAAACAAGUUAAGGAGACUGCCAUGGGUUCGAAGCCGUCUUUGUUUGGUCAUGGUGAGAUGCUGGCGUUCCCAUCCUUGCGUCAGAUGGGAUUUUGA